GCUUGAUCCCAAAUCCCAAUCCCCGAGUCCUCUCCACCCGACACCAAGCCGCCUUUCUAUCGGUCCGAAAGCUCGCGACCCGACGUCUUGGCCCCUCCGAACGCCAAGUCCUCUCCUUCUCCUCGUGGCGGCGAUCGAGCGAGCCCUCGGAGCUCUCCUCAACGAAGGGAUCCGCCCCUCGACGGCGGCUAUGGAACCCUCGGACCAUCCCCACAUCGCCGGCCGAUCCAGGUACGAUCCCCCGCCUCCCCCUUCCCACUACCUCGACCCCAGUUACUACGCCCACCCCCAUCCCCACCUCCACCACCCUCCCUUCUCUCGGCCGCUUCCUCCGCCGCCGCCGCCGCCGGCCCGGCAACACCGGCCGGACCAUGACCGCCACCAUCAACACCACCACCUAGACGACGAGCGCCUCUAUUUUCCUUACCGCAGCCCUCCCGACCCCUUCCCGCUGCCCCUCCCUAGGGUUCCCGACCGCCCGAUCUUCCCUGAGGAUCGGCCGCCCCUGGGCCACACCCACCGGUCUGGCCGCGGGGAGGUGUUCCCCCAGGAACCCUGGGAGGGCGGUGGCUUCAAUGUCGAUAGAUUUCGGUGUUUUGACGAAAGGCCUGAAUAUAUCCGGUUGCAAUGGGAGCAAGAAGCGAGGCAGGGCCUUCCGCUUUCGUAUAGGGGCGAUUCUUACCAUAUGGAGGAGCCGGGUGUUUUUCUUUCUGGCAGCAAGAGGUUGCGGGGGCUCCAAGAUUGUGAUUUAGAGGAGGGUUCUGGCCGGAGGAGCCAGAGGCAGCUAGGGUUUUGGGAUGAUGAAGGUGGGCACAGGCGUGAUCUGGUAUUUGAAUCGGUGCCGCUGGAAUCUCCUCCGGCUCCGGUACCUUCCUCUUGUCCUAGGAGUCUGCGGAAUUUUUUCAUCCCUGAUAGGAGGGGAGAUGCUGAAUCUGUUACCGAACGACGGCUUCCACCGCCAGCCCUGAUGCAGUCCUCUGGUCGUUCUUAUUCUGAUAGAGAUGUAUCUGCCAACAAUGCAAAUCUGGGCUUUGAUGCCCCUGGUGGUAGCUCUAGCUAUGGCUUUCAAGAGAAUUACUUUGGGGGCAACAAAGGCAAGAGGAAGAUGCCCAGUGGAGGAAAUGAUAAUAAUCUAGGACGUCCUCCUAUGAAGAGACCAAGCGCACUGUCCAGAAUACAAUCUGGGGUAUCUGUUUGGAAUAGGAUAGAGGGGAAGUCGUCCUUAUCUUCACCUUCUUCCUGCCCUCAGCUUUCUCCUCCUGAAAUUUCCGAUGAGCACCAGUUGGAAGUGGACACACUGGAUCUCUCUUUUAAAUCUAAUGCAUUGGUGGCUAAGGUUGUGGCCCCCCCAAGUCCAGUAAUACCUGGUUCUGAUGAGAAGAGUCCUGAGGUGACAGCACCAAAGAAGACAGUGGUGAAGAAGAAGAAGAUAGUGAAGAAGAGGGUGAAAGUAGUUGUUCCCAAUGUUGCUAGCCCAUCAGUUUCCAAGGCAAAGGGAGGAGCCCCUAAGGGACACCUGUCAAGCAGUCCUAGCCUGGUUUCAAAUAAUUCAGAAGUAUCAGGAAAAGCAAUAGCUUCUUCUACUAAACCUGUAAAUGAUAUUAACCCUCGAACUUGUCCUAGGAGGAUCAUAAAGAUGACAUCAGUUGAUAAAAACACAGGAAAGAGGACUCCCAAGGCCAUUGCAUCUGAGGAAUUAACAAAACGUGCAAAUGAAGUGAUUCCCGAGGCCAUGCAUUCUGAUGAUACUAAUCCUGCGCUUGGUCAGCAAGAAAUCACAGUCAUGACAGCUUCUAUUGAGAAGAAUGCUGCAGGACAUUCACUCACGGCUGCUAAGUUGGUAGAAGGUGGUGGCAAUGAGGAUAUGAAGGAAAAUAAAUAUGUAAAACUUGGUGAGAAAGAUGAUCAAACUUGUGUGGGUUCAGUUCUUGAAAUGGGAGCUCUACAUGAUGCCAGUUCACAGCCUUGUGCUCAAGGAGAAGCGGUUAUGGUGGCAUCACUUGAAAAUGGCACAAAAGAGGAAUUAUAUAAAGCCUUUCCUUCUGUUGAUAAUGACACCGAUGAGGGUCCUAACAACCAAGUGACAUCUGCAUUGGAUAACAGUGGAAAAUAUACAUAUCCUGAUAAUUGUGUUGCUUCAUUUUUUACUAAGGACUCUUCUUCCUCUGGACUAGGGGGCAAUGAGCAAGUUGUCAUCUCAGUUGGUCCUGUUGCCCCUAUCUUUGGUGAUGAGUCUCUCAAGGGAAAAAAUGUAGAAGGAAAAACACAGAGAGAAGUCCAAAAACAAUUCAUUGUUGGUAUGGCGACAAAAGAGCUUGAUAUUUCUGAUGGAGGGAAGAGCAAAAAUGAAGAUGUUUCCUUACAGAUGCAUGUACAGUGUGUGUCAGCUUAUUUUCCAUCGGAAGCCAAAGAGACAGUUUUAGAUCAAUACCAGCCUGACGGAGCCAUGCAUGGUGAAGAUAUGUCUGUUAAGGAUGGGCCACCUCAAUCUGAUUGUCUGAUGCUUGGAGGGGAUCAUUCACCACUUUCCGCUACAUGUGAAACUCUGCCUGGACUCUUGAAUAGAGAUUCUUCAAUUGUUAACUCCAAAGUCCAAGAUGUUUUGAAUUGUAUAAAUGCAGAACGAUCAAGUCCUCAGCUGUUGGAUAGCAAGGGUUGCAGGGACAAUUACGAUAAUAGUAAUAACCAAAAUGAGAAGCCUAGCACUGAAGGCACAUCUUUGUUAUCAUGUAAGGGUUUAUUGGUAUCAGAAGCUGAAAAGGAUGUGAACUCAGAUAAAGUCAUGUUAGAUUGUCAUCCUGUACCUGAGAAAACAAAGGUAGAAGCAUUGCAUGAUUCUAGAAAGCUGGUAACUGUGGAUUCAAAAGUACUAGGUGUUAAAGAAUCUAUGGCUCAGAAGACCCUCCUGAGCUUAGGAGUUCCAAAGGUUCCUUCCACUCAGGCAAGUCUAUCAAGUUCAGCAAAGGAAUCAGCUCGUACAAGCCAGAAUGCUAGACAUAGGACAUGGCACCGGAAUAGUACACCACCUUCUGCUUCAUCUUCUCAACGAAUUCAGCAUCUAGGAGGUAGUUCAUCGUGUAAGCAGUCACCAAGGAAGCUUGGAAAACUUCAGACUUCUUAUAUUCGUAAAGGUAAUAGUCUUAUUAGAAAACCGGCCAUCAUAACCGCUCCUCAGCCAUCUCAUAAUAAUGAUAAUUCAACUUUGUCGAAUCCAUCUUUCGAAAGACCCAAAACGCCCCCUUUGCCUCUUGGGACUAAGUUAUCAAACUGCACUGCCAGUCCUUCACGGGAGACUUCUCAUCCCUUGUCAGAGAAUCCAAUUUCUGAAACCGGUUUUGAGGGCCAGGUCAGACCACUUGACUUGAUUUCAGGUAGUGUUGACAAUCAAGGUACCAUAACUGGUAAAAAGACUGAAUCCUUAAGUACAAAGAGAAUGGUAUAUGUGAAACGCAAAUCAAAUCAGUUGGUUGCUACUUCUGGGCCAUUUCGUGAUAUGUCUAACCAUUCUUCUGAGAAGGCUCAGACAUCAGCUUCCUUCACAUCAUCAGAUCUCUACUUUAAGAAUAAAAAGAAUCAACUUAUUCGGAAUGCCAUCUCUACAGAUAGUCAGCAGAAGCAAGAUUUAAUAGUUCCUACUAAUGGUUCGAAUUCAGAAGAUCAAAGGGAACCAAAAAAUUCCUCCCUGAAUCACAGCAUGGGGGACCUAUCUAAGAAGAGACCGAUUAAAGUGCUACAGAAGGCAAGCAAACAUUCAAGAUUGCCUCAUGUCUGGACGCUUAGUGGGAAUCAGCUGCACAAAAAAGGUGUUUCAUUAUUAAAUUGUCAGAAGGUCCUUCCAUACCUCUUUCCAUGGAAGAGAACAUUGUAUUCGAAGAGACACUCAUUAGCAUUAAUCACGAAACUGCAGCUUUCUAGGAAAAGAGAUACAAUCUACAAAGUGUCAAAUGAUGGAUUCUCUUUGCGAAAAGCUGGGGUUUUAAGCAUUGGGGGGUCUAGUUUAAAAUGGUCCAGAUCCAUUGAGCGGCGCUCGAAGAAGGCCAAUGAGGAAGCUACAUUAGCAGUUGCUGAAGUAGAGAGGAAAAGGAGAGAGAGAAAGAGGGGUAUGUCUAGUCGUGAUGGUGAAAAGAAUCGAAAUUCUUUAUUGCGGGAGCGUAUUUUUCGCAUUGGUUCCACUCGGUACAAAAUGGAUCCAUCUAGGCGGACAUUAGUAAGGAUUUCAGAUGAGCAGUCAUCUUUUGCUACUGAUCAACAAUCAAGGGACAGAAGUCAGAUAUCUUUGGUUCCAAAGAGAUUAUUGAUUGGCAAUGAUGAAUAUAUUCGGAUAGGCAAUGGUAAUCAACUUGUCAGAGAUCCAAAGAAGCUUGUCCGUAUCUUGGCAAGUGAGAAAGUUCGAUGGAGUUUGCACACUGCUAGAUUGCGUGUGGCUAAAAAACAACAGUAUUGCCAGUUCUUCACCCGAUUUGGCAAGUGUAAUAAGAAUGGAGGAAAAUGUCCUUUCAUUCAUGACCCUGCUAAAGUGGCCAUCUGCACGAAGUUUCUGAAAGGCUUAUGUUCCAGUACUAAUUGCAAGCUAACUCAUAAGGUACUUCCAGAAAGAAUGCCAGAUUGUUCAUACUUUUUACGAGGACUAUGUACAAAUACAAAUUGUCCUUACAGACAUAUAAAUGUGAAUCGCAAUGCUUCCAUUUGUGAAGGUUUUCUUAGAGGAUAUUGUGCUGAUGGUGAUGAGUGCCGUAAGAAGCACAGUUAUGUAUGUCCCCUCUUUGAAGCAACAGGGAAGUGUCCACAGGGAUCUAAAUGCAAGCUUUAUCACCCUAAGAGUAAAAACAAGUCAAAGAAAAAAAAGGGAUUCAUGGUUCAGAGCAACAGCCGGGGACGUUACUUUGGGUCCACCAUUAGCGUGAUCGGUGAGUCCCUAAUAGCUCCGGUAAACAAACUUGAUGGAGGAGAGGGUGAAGAUCUCUUCUGCUCUGAUGGUCGAUUUGCUGAUUAUAUCAGCCUUGAUGUUGGUAAAGAAAGUGGCACUGUGAAACUUAACCUUCCAAUCCAUUUGCAUCCAGCAGAGUCAGAUUCUGACCACUUUGAUAUGCAACCAGAUGAUCUUGAUGCUCUCAUCAAGCCAAUCCGUAUCAUGAAAAGGCCAUGUUGACGUACCCAUCUGUCAGUCUUCGAUAUAGUUUUGGACCAAAAGGAAAAUCCCUUCUUCUCCUCCUCCUCCUCUUUGUUUUGACCAAAUCAAUUCCUCUAUCCUAUUUUGUCGUAUCGUCAUUUUUACUUCGUUACAGGUGGGUGGGUGGUUCUUGUGCGGCUCUUGCUUCCUUCUCCUGCAGCAGUGGCAAUGGCUGUGGCUGUGGCUGAAGUGGGCUGGAGAGCCAGGUAAGUAUCUUGUACAACAUCACAGGCCAUUGACCAAUGAAUUGUGCUAAUAGUUGUAUUAUUUAUGUGAGGUUUUGAAAGAAAAUGUAAAGACUUUUCAUUUCAAUACAAAUGAAUGACCACUUUUAGCUGAUUCAA